AUGGAUGAUAACCCGUUCAACGCCGCCUCUCAGGGCGCUGAGGAGAUCGAUCUCUACGAGCUUCUGGGUAUCGAAAGAACAGCAACACCAGACCAGAUCAAGAAGGCUUAUCGCAAGGCCGCCCUCAAGUAUCACCCAGACAAGGUUCCCGAGGAGCAGCGAGAAGAGUCCGAAGCCAAGUUCAAGGAAGUCACCCAGGCCUACGAGAUUCUCAGCGAUGAGCAGAAGCGCGAGCUCUACGACGCCCACGGCAUGGCCGCCUUCGACAAGUCCCGCGGCGGCCCCGGCGGCCCCGAGGUCGACCUCAACGACAUCCUCUCCCAGAUGUUCGGCUUCGGCAUGGGUCCCGGAGGCCCUGGCGGUCCCGGUGGUCCUGGCGGCCCCCGCCGCCCGAGACGAGGUCCCGACGAGGACCAGGAGUACAAGGUGACGCUGGAGGAGCUCUACCGCGGCAAGACUGUCAAGUUUGCCGCCAACAAGCAGGUUCUCUGCGGUCAGUGCAAGGGCUCUGGCGGCAAGGAGAAGGCCAAGUCUUCGCCCUGCGAGCGCUGCAAGGGUAACGGCAUCGUCGAGGCCUUCCGCCAGAUCGGCCCCGGCAUGAUGCGACGAGAGACUGUGCUGUGCGACCACUGCCAGGGCGCCGGCCAGGUCUUCAAGGAGAAGGACCGCUGCAAGAAGUGCAAGGGCAAGCGGACAACCCAGGAGAAGAAGGUCCUCGAGAUCUAUAUCCCUCGAGGCUCCAUGCAGGGCGAGCGCAUCGUCCUUGAAGGUGAGGCCGACCAGUACCCGGACCAGACCCCUGGAGAUAUUGUCUUCACUCUGGUCGAGGAACCACAUGACGUCUUCAAUCGUAUCGGCCACGAUCUGUCGGCCGAGUUGACUGUGACGUUGGGUGAGGCUCUGUCAGGCUUCUCGCGGACAGUGCUCAAGCACCUCGACGGCCGAGGCAUCCGCAUCGACAGGCCACGAGGCAAGAUCCUGCGGCCCGGUGACAUUCUCAAGGUGCCCGGCGAGGGUAUGCCCAUGAAGCGAGGCGAUGCCAAGGGUGACCUCUACCUGAUUGUCAAGGUUGAGUUCCCUGAGGACGGUUGGCUGAAGGACGACGCGGCGUAUGAGGCCCUGCAGAAGAUGCUCCCUGCUGCCCCCAAGGACAUUGAAGCCGAAGAGGUUGAUGACGUCGAGUACGAGGACGACGCCGACAUCGAAAAGAUGGGCGAGAGCGCUGGUGAACGGUUCGGUGACCAGUGGGAGGAUGACGACGACGACAUGGGCGAUGGCCAAGCGCAGUGCCAGACGCAGUAA